UUUACAGGGCAAUAAAUCAAUCCUAGCAGAAGCUGGCUACAUCAACCUAGUCACCUUUGCUCAGUGCUCCUCAAGAACCACCAAGGGAUAGACAUAGCAAAUAAAGGGAUACGGCUAUGAGAUGGCAAGGAAUCUGAGUGUGUUGGAAGUCCUUCUGAUCAUCUUCUUCCUAACUAUACUCGCCUUAGAUAUCUUCUUGAUGCUUUUGGUGUUGGGAAAUCCUUCAGGUCGUUCAUUUGUUCCAGAGUGCCCAGAUAUCCCCGAAUCAGAGAGGAUAGACUGUGUUCCUGGGCAUGUGGUGACAGAGAAUGUCUGCAGAUGGGUAUAUAAAUGCUGCUGGAAGCCUGUGACACAUACAGGUGCCCCGAGGUGCUUCUUCCCUAGGAACUGGGGCUAUAAAGUUGGCAAGAGACAGAAUGAUACAACAGGGUUUACCGCCAAGUUGAAAAGGCUACCUACCCCAUCUCUGUUUGGACAUGAUGUCCCUGACGCCCUCUUCGCGGCUGACUAUCAGACAUCCAAUCGUUUUCAUUUUAAGAUCACUGAUAUGGAUAGCAAACGCUAUGAAGUCACCCUUGAAAAUAUUGACUUGCUUGAUAGGACUCCUAAGACCUCUAAUUUGAACUAUCACGUAGAGGUCAUUAAUGAGCCCUUCAGCUUCAAGAUCAUACGGACCAGCAACAAAAGAAUCUUGUUGGACACGAGCAUCGGGCCCCUGCAGUUCGCCCAUCAGUACCUGCAGCUGUCUUUCCGACUGCCCAGCACCUCCGUGUAUGGGCUGGGAGAACACGUGCAUCAGCAGUACCUCCACAACCUGACCUGGAAGACCUGGCCCAUCUUCACUCGGGAUGCCACCCCCACCAAGGGCAUGAUUAAUCUGUAUGGAGCUCAUACAUUCUUCCUGUGCCUCGAAGACACCAGCGGCUCCUCUUUUGGGGUUUUUCUGUUGAACAGUAAUGCCAUGGAGGUCAUCCUUCAGCCUGCUCCUGCAAUCACUUACCGCACGAUUGGGGGUAUCCUUGACUUUUAUGUAUUCCUGGGAAAUACUCCAGAACAAGUGGUUCAGGAAUAUCUGGAGCUCAUUGGACGACCAUUCUUGCCUCCCUACUGGAGUCUUGGGUUCCAGCUUAGUCGCAGGAACUAUGGCGGCAUCAAUGGAUUGAGGAAGGUUGUGGACCGAAAUCGUGGAGCUGGGAUCCCAUAUGACGUCCAGUACUCUGACAUAGACUACAUGGAAGGGGGAAAGGAUUUCACGAUUGAUAAAGAGGCUUUCCCUCGUCUCGAAGAUUUUGCCAAAGACUUGCAUGGCCAAGGAAUGAAAUAUGUAAUCAUUAUGCAUCCUGGAAUAUUAAAUAACUCUAACUACCAGCCCUAUAAGACUGGAAGUAGGAAGAGAGUAUGGAUCUGGCAGGACAAUGAAUUUGCCAUUGGACAGGGAUAUCCCGGAUUGACGGUCUUUCCUGAUUUUAGCAAUCCAGUUUGUAUUGAGUGGUGGAGAGAGCAGAUCAGUGAAUUUCAUAAAACUCUCGAGUUUGAUGGAGUGUGGAUUGAAAUGGAUGAAGUAUCCAGCUUUCACCACGGGUCCAAUCGUGGGUGUGAGUCAAACCACUUGAACGUUCCUCCUUUCACUCCCAGAGUUCUGGACGGCUUCCUUUCUGCAAGAACCCUCUGCAUGGAUGCAGAAUUUCAUCAGGGCCUUCACUAUGAUGUCCACAGCUUGUAUGGCUACUCCAUGGCAAAAGCUACACACUUGGCCAUGGAGGGUAUCCCCUUGAACAAAAGUAGCUUCAUCUUAUCCCGUUCUACUUUUGCUGGGUCUGGCAAGUUUGCUGCUCAUUGGUUGGGAGACAAUGCAGCCACAUGGGAUGAUCUCCGAUGGUCCAUCCCUAGUAUCCUUGAGUUCAACCUAUUUGGUAUCCCCAUGGUAGGUGCCAACAUCUGUGGUUAUACAAAAAAUGUCACAGAGGAGCUCUGCAGAAGAUGGAUGCAGCUUGGAGCCUUUUAUCCACUAUCAAGGAAUCAUAAUGGGCCUGAGUUUGUGGAUCAGGAUCCCGUUGCCUUUGGCAGCCACUCUCUGCUGGUGAAUUCCUCCAAACAUUAUCUGAACAUCCGCUACACUCUACUCCCCUAUCUCUACACCCUUUUCUACCGAGCUCACACCCGGGGAGACACCGUGGCAAGGCCCCUUGUCCAUGAGUUCUACAAGGACCCAGCUACAUGGGAGGUGCAUGAGCAGUUCUUAUGGGGGCCUGGACUUCUCAUCACACCUGUUUUAUAUGAGGGUGUGGACCAGGUGAAGGCAUACAUACCGGAUGCCGUGUGGUACGACUAUGAGACAGGAGUAGCUAUCCAGUGGAGGAAACAACUGGUAGAGAUGCAGCUACCACCCGAUAGGAUUGGACUUCACCUCCGUGGGGGCUUCAUAUUUCCCACCCAGCAGCCCAGCACAACCACAGAGGCCAGUCGGAAGAAUCCCCUGGGACUCAUUGUUGCCUUGGACUAUAAGAGAGAAGCGAAGGGAGAGCUGUACUGGGAUAAUGGUGAAUUCAAAGAUGAAAAGUAUAUUCUGUAUGAUUUUUCUGUCGCCUCUAACCAUCUACAGGCAAAGGUUAUAAAUAAUAACUAUACGGACCCCAACAACCUCACAUUUACAGAUAUCAUAAUCUUGGGAAUGGACAAGCAACCUAUGAAUUUCACUGUUUCAUUGAAGAAUUCUUACAGGUCCAUUUUAAAUGUUACCUACAAUGUUUCAUCAAAGGUGGUGAAGAUUACUGAUCUCAAGGGACUGGUACUUGGACAAGAAUUCUCCAUUAAAUGGGAACUUCCAGUCAGUGACCUGGAGAAAUUCAACUGCUACCCUGAUGAGCCCCCCCUCACUCUGGAGCAUUGCAGGAAGCGGGGCUGCCUCUGGGAGGACACAACUGUUCCUGGUGUGCCUACCUGUUACUAUGACACCAUCCCUAGUUAUGCUGCCAGUAACAUUCAGUACCUGCCCACGGGCAUCACCACAGACCUCACCCACCUGAUGACCCCUGAAUCAACUCGAGCAGCCACUGCUGCUGGUUCUCUUUCUGCAACGAUCAGCUUCCUCCGCCUGAGUGUCAUCUACCACACAGAAAACAUGCUGCAGUUCAAGAUCUUUGAUGCCACUAACAAAAGGUACGAGGUCCCAGUGCCUCUGAACACGCCUCCCUCUCCUGUUGGCUCCCCUGAAAACCGUCUGUAUGAUGUCAGGAUUCAGAACAAUCCUUUUGGGAUCCAGAUUCGACGAAAAAGCUCCAACACUGUGAUUUGGGACUCUCAGCUCCCCGGCUUUACUUUCAACGACACGUUCCUCUCCAUUUCGACUCGCCUCCCCUCUCAGUACCUCUAUGGCUUUGGGGAGACUGAGCACACAGCUUUCAGGAGAAAUAUGAGCUGGAACAUGUGGGGAAUGUUCGCUCGUGAUGAGCCACCCGCGUACAAGAAGAAUUCCUAUGGCGUCCACCCCUACUACAUGGCACUGGAGCAGGAUGGCAGUGCCCAUGGGGUGCUCCUGCUAAACAGCAACGCCAUGGAUGUAUCAUUCCAGCCCACUCCUGCCCUGACAUACCGCACCACAGGAGGGAUUUUGGACUUUUAUAUGGUUUUGGGGCCAACCCCCGAGCUUGUAACUCAACAGUACACUGAGUUGAUUGGUCGGCCAGCAAUGACUCCAUACUGGGCCUUGGGAUUCCAGCUAAGUCGCUAUGGAUACGAGAAUGAUAAGGAGAUCUCCCAAUUGUAUGAGGCAAUGAUGGCGGCCCAGAUUCCCUAUGAUGUCCAGCAUGUAGACAUCGAUUACAUGGACCGGAAGCUGGACUUCACUCUCAGCCCCAGCUUCCAAAACCUCGGUCUCUUGAUUGACCAAAUGAAGAAAAAUGGCAUGAGAUUCGUUCUCAUUCUGGACCCAGCCAUUUCUGGCAACGAGACCCAUUAUCCCACAUUCAAGAGAGGGCAGGAAAACAACGUAUUCAUCAAAUGGCCUGAUAACGAUGAAAUCGUCUGGGGAAAGGUUUGGCCAGAUUUGCCCAAUGUGAAUGUGGAUGCCACCCUUGACCAUGAAACUCAGGUUAAGCUGUACAGAGCCUACGUUGCUUUUCCUGACUUCUUACGUGAUAGCACAGCUGCAUGGUGGAAGAAGGAAAUACAGGAGCUCUAUGUGAACCCUCAAGAGCCAAAGAAGAGCUUGAAGUUUGAUGGAUUGUGGAUUGACAUGAAUGAGCCAUCAAACUUUGUGGAUGGAUCUGUCAGGGGCUGCAGCGAUAAAAGUCUUAACAAGCCACCCUAUAUGCCACAUUUGGAGUCCAGGGACACGGGCCUUAGCAGCAAGACCCUGUGCAUGGAGAGUCAGCAGAUCCUGCCAGACGGCUCACGGGUGCGACACUAUGACGUGCACAGCCUGUACGGAUGGGCCCAGACCAGACCCACCUACGAAGCUGUGCAGGCGGUGACAGGACAGCGAGGGGUCGUCAUCACCCGCUCCACGUUCCCUUCUUCUGGCCGCUGGGGAGGUCACUGGCUGGGAGACAACACUGCCGCGUGGGACCAGCUGAGGAAGUCUAUCAUUGGCAUGAUGGAGUUCAGUCUCUUUGGAAUAUCUUAUACAGGAGCAGAUAUUUGUGGGUUCUUUGGAAAUGCCGAAUAUGAGAUGUGUCUUCGCUGGAUGCAACUGGGGGCCUUUUACCCAUUUUCCAGAAACCACAACACCAUCGGGACAAGGAGACAAGAUCCUGUGGCCUGGAAUUCAACCUUCGAGAUGUACUCAAGAAAAGUCCUUCAGACCAGAUACGCCCUGCUGCCUUACCUCUACACUUUGAUGCAUAAAGCUCACGUUGAGGGCAGCACUGUCGUCCGACCCCUUCUCCAUGAGUUUACAAAUGACAGAGUGACAUGGGAUAUAGAUCGUCAGUUUAUGUUGGGUCCUGCUGUCUUAAUCAGCCCCGUGCUGGAAAGUAACACUUUUGAGAUCCAAGCUUAUUUUCCCAGAGCCCGUUGGUACGACUACAGCACGGAAUCUGGCAACACGUCAACAGGUGACUGGAAAACCCUGGAGGCUCCCCUUGACCACAUCAACCUUCAUAUCAGAGGAGGCUACAUCCUGCCUUGGCAAGAGCCUGCAAUGAACACUCAGGCCAGUCGACAAAAAUUUAUGGGAUUGAUUGUUGCUUUGGAUGACAAUGGGAAAGCUGAAGGUCAGAUAUUCUGGGAUGAUGGACAAAGCAUUGAUACCUAUGAAAAUGGAAACUAUUUCUUGGCAAACUUUAUAGCAGCUCAGAACAUAUUGCAAAUCCAAACCAUGCACAAUAAGUAUUUGAGUGACUCAAAUCCACUGAAAGUUGGAUAUAUUAAAAUCUGGGGGGUAAACUCUACUUAUGUGACACAAGUCACUUUUACUUAUGACAACAAGCAAUUCAUGGAGAAGAAUUUCAAGAGUGACCCUUACAAUCAGAUACUAACAAUUCAAUUGACUGACAAGAUUAUCAACCUGGAAAAACUAACUGAGGUUACCUGGAUAUGCGGUGGCCCUAUAAUUUCCACUACACCUAUGACAAGUACCUUCCCGACAGAGUCUCUACAUCCUUCUACAGUUACGACUAAGGCUACCACUUUUGAAACUGUUAUCACUAGUUCUGCGAGUACUACUACGACUCUUCCUAUCACAACCACUCCUUUCCCAACAAGUACUAUGGAAGAUACAACAAAUACUACUAUUACUAAUACCACUACACCAUCCUCUACAAGUACCCCUACUGCUAGCACUAGUACUCUUCCUAUCAUAACCACUUCUUUCUCAACAAGUACUAUUGAAAUGACAACUAGUACUACCAGUUCUGAUCCCACUACACCAUCCUCUACAAGUACCUCUGCUGCUAGUCCUAGUACUCUGCCUAUCACAACCACUCCUUUCCCAACAAGUACUAUUGAAAUGACAACUAGUACUGCUGGUCCUGAUACCACCACACCUGCCCCUACAAGUACUAAUACUAGUAUUAGUACUCUUAUCACAACCACUCCUUUCCCAACAAGUACUAUUGAAGGGACAACUAGUACUGCUGGUGCUGAUACCACCACACCUGCCCCUACAAGCACUACUACUAGUACUAGUACUCUGCCUAUCACAACCACUCCUUUCCCAACAAGUACUAUUGAAGGGACAACUAGUACUGCUGGUGCUGAUACCACCACACCUGCCCCUACAAGCACUACUACUAGCACUAGUACUCUGCCUAUCACAACCACUCCUUUCCCAACAAGUACUAUUGAAGGGACAACUAGUACUGCUGGUCCUGAUACCACUACACCUGCUGUUACGAGUACUACUACUAGUAGUAGUACUAGUACUCUGCCGAUCACAACCACUCUUUUCUCAACAAGUACUAUUGAAGUGACAACUAGUACUGCUGGUCCUGAUACCACCACACCUGCCCAUACAAGUACUACUACCAGUAGUAGUACUGGUGCUCUGCCUAUCACAACCACUCCUUUUGCAACAAGUACUAUUGAAGGGACAACUAGUACUGCUGGUCCUGAUACUACUACACCUGCUGCUACAAGUACUACUACUAGUAGUAGUACUAGUGCUCUUCCUGUCACAACCACUCCUUCCCCAACAAGUACUAUGGAAAGUACAACAAGUACUACUAUUACUAAUAGCACUACACCAUCCUCUACAAAUACCCCUACUGCUAGCACUAGUACUCUGCCGAUCACAACCACUCCUUUCGCAACAAGUACUAUUGAAGGGACAACUAGUACUGCUGGUCCUAAUACCACUACACCUGCUGUUACGAGUACUACUACUAGUAGUAGUACUAGUACUCUGCCGAUCACAACCACUCUUUUCUCAACAAGUACUAUUGAAGGGACAACUAGUACUGCUGGUGCUGAUACCACCACACCUGCCCCUACAAGUACUACUACUAGUAGUAGUCCCAGUACUCUGCCGAUCACAACCACUCCUUUUGCAACAAGUACUAUUGAAGUGACAACUAGUACUGCUGGUCCUGAUACCCCUACACCUGCUGCUACAAGUACUACUACUAGUAGUAGUACUAAUACUCUUCCUGUCACAACCACUCCUUUCCCAACAAGUACUAUUGAACUUACAACUAGUACUAUUAUUCCUAAUACCACUACACCGUCCCCUACAAGUACCACUGCUAGCACUAGUACUCUUCCUGUCACAACCACUCCUUUCCCAACAAGUACUACUGAAGUUACCACUAGUACUACCCAUCCUGAUACCACUACACCUUCCCCUACAACUACGGCUAAUGCUACUACUACUCUUCCCAUUGCAGCAGCUCUUUUCCCUACAAGUACUAUUGAAGUUACAACUAGUACUACUAUUCCUGAUACCACUAUACCAUCUGCUACCAGUACUACUGCCAAUACUAGUAGUAUUCAUCCUAUCACAACCACCCCCUUCCCAAAAAAUACUACUGAUGCUAGCACCAAUACUAGUGUUCUUAUUACCGCUACUCUUUCCCCAAUAAGUACCGAUACCACUACCAUUAAUAAUAGUGUUUUAAUUACACCCACUGCUUCUCCUAUGAAUGUGGGUGCUAAUACUACUAACAACAGUUUUCCUAUUACGACUCCUUUUUCUGUAAGUACUUAUGAUACAAACACUGCUAUUGCUAUGGUAACGACUUCUUUUACAAGUACUGAUGUUGCUAGCGCUGGCAACCACACUCCUAUUACCAGUUCUCCUUCCCUUACGAUAUCCGGUGGGAAUAGCACUAGCAUUACUAUUCCUACAACGUCUACUCCUUCUUCUACAGAUAUUUAUUCUCCUAGCACUAGUGUAAUAGCUAAUACCACCACCAACACUGUAAACGGUACAGGGCAUGCAGUAAAUAUUACUGAUGCAGAUAACUCUAACAGUGUUCCAUAUAACACUACCCAUGUUUCUAUUCCAAAUGCUACAAUGGCCUCAGACACAUUAAUGACUGUUCUUCUAGACACAGCAGCUCACAAUCAGGUAACAGCCAACUCUGCAGUUAGUUAUUUACCUAUUGUUGCAACUAAUGCUACCACAGAUAGUACAAAUAUUACCAUAUAUGCUUUAAACACUACCAUACUUGAUAGAACAACAAUGGAUGCUUCUACUCCUGUAUCUACCUACAUUGCAAACACCGUAAAUGCUACUCUAGUUCCAUGAUUACUACUCGAAGCAGGACAGUUACUAUGGACCUCUCUUUAAAAAAACUAUUACAGGGGCACCUGGGUGAUUCAGCUGGCUAAGAGUCUGAAUCUUGAUUUCAGCUUAGGUCAUGAUCUCACAUUUCAUGAG